AUGGCUAAACUACCGUUUUUAUUGACAAUUCUGAUCGUCAGUUUUUGUCAAUCGAAUGCUUUUCCUGACAUCCAAAACAUCACAGAUGUAGUACAAUACGCAAGAAAUAUCAUUGACACAAUAAAAAACUCAACUUUACCAAGGAUCGGAUGGCAAGAAGCUGAUAGUUCAUUAAUCGAAAGACUUAAUGCUACUAGAGCAGACCUUGCAAAAAUGAUCGAACGCAAAAUGAACCGAACGGGUGGACAAGCAACAAUCAUCAGAGGCCUUAGAUACAUUUUGAAAAGAGAUAACUUGACUGUAUUCUUUUUGGACGAUGCCAUUUUGAAUUUGCUCCCCCCGGAGCAGAAAGCUCAGAUAAAUAUCAAUAAAAUCUUAAUGAAAUCGAAAAGUUUAGUCGAAGACCUUCCAAAAUUAAAAUUAACUUUAUACAACAUGUUAACCGGAAUGCUUCAGCAACUGAAGAGAAAACUGAAUUUGCAAUCAGAAAUAUACGAUCGUGCUGUCAGUGACUUAUUCGUUUUAACUAUGCAAACGGAAUUCAAGUUCCAAGAUUUAAACAUGCUUAUCAGAUAUUCUAAUACUCUAUCUGUCACGCCGGUUAUGUUUAGACGUCUUGCUUCAGCUAUUCUGGAAUCAAGAUCUGAUGAAUUGAUGGAUCACAUCCAUCCGUCAUUUGCUAAGCUUUCACCACGCCGAGUUACAGGAUUUUAUAAAGCGCUUUUUAGAUAUCUUGUUGAAAACCAAGAUAAAUUCAAGUUCGAAGACACUUGCGAUGUUGACCUACUAAUCCAAACGCAAAUAAAGCAAAUUUACGAAUUGGCACUUGUAAUCGACUAUCGUGUCUUAAUGAUGACUAUCGCUACCCGAAAAUAUAUGGAAAUACUGCAAUCAGGUGAUUACAAUGGUGAAUUGCUGAUAGAAAAUCAAAACUUCAUAAAUCGAGCUCAAGAUUAUCUUCACGCAAUGAAAAACCUGAUGUCUAAAGCUCCCAGAGAGAUAAAACGUUGUGAUUUAGCAGAUAAUAUGAUCGCUGAUUACAGUUUCUACUUAUCGAACAUAUCUUCUACAAUGAAUAAGAACAUGAUAAGCUUGAUACCACAAGUUGCUAAUAUCACUAAUAACAUGGUUGUUACAAACAUGAAACUGCAGAUGAAAAAUGAUUUUGUGCAGGUACAGAUCCAACAAGGGCUUCUUCUGCCAGGUGGCGCCAUUGAUCAGAGUACCUUAAAAUGGCUUUCACUAGACGACAUAGUUUCCACGGAAAACGCCACAACUUCUUUCGAAAAGGUGCAAGGGAACAUAAAAGUACCACUAGUUUACGAUCAAGAUUUCACUGUCUUACGUCAAGGAAAUGCUAGAUUGAACAUCGACGACAUUAGUUUGCCUGUUGGUUACGUUGUCACGGGUAUUAGCUUUAAGAAAAUGGUGGCUAACGAUAUCAACCAGUGGAAUUCCAACGCAAUAGGCUUGCAAGUUCUUGCUACGCCAUUUGAUUACUACACUGGUGCUUUGAAUCCUUCUGAGACCAAACCGUCCGAGUGGCUGUCAGCUAAUGAGUUGAUAGAAAUGAAUGAAUAUGAUGGAACUUAUGGCAAAGUUGAGGUUGCAAAAGUGAACAAAUUCAUUGAUUUCCAUAUGAGAAGUGUCUCCAAUGACUCUCAAGAGGUUACGGUGCCAUACUUGGAUUCACGUCCAGCAGGGAUAGUGAGUCUUACCUCAUUGAGUGGCAUUAGUAUUGUCCAACGAGAAACUAUUAACAAUGGCAGCUUGUUGGUUCCUAAACUCAUUGCUGUUGAUCAUUCGGAAUUUGUGAUUGCUAAUAUGCACCCAAGCAAAAAUGACUUUUUUACUCGCUCUCGAGAUUACUUCAACAAUGAAGAUGAUGAUGAAGAUGAUGUUCUUUUUGAUGCAGAAAGUAUCGAAAUUUGA